UUAAUAUGGAGUUAUCCUUCCAACGAGAUUUUUUCGUAUUUUUCUCGCCUCCUAGCAAGCUCGCCUAUAAAAGCCAUCACAAAAACCCUAGUCCCCUUUACUCUGAACGCCGCUCUCCACGCCUCGAAUAGUCGAAGCGCUGACCGAAGGCAAUGGCUCCUAAACAGCCAAAUACUGGCCUUUUUGUGGGUUUAAAUAAAGGCCAUAUUGUCACCAAGAAAGAUUUGGCUCCUCGCCCCUCUGAUCGCAAAGGAAAAACAAGUAAAAGAGUCCACUUUGUGAGGAAUUUGAUCAGGGAAGUUGCUGGAUUUGCACCAUAUGAGAAGCGGAUCACUGAGCUUCUAAAAGUUGGUAAGGACAAGCGAGCACUGAAAGUCGCCAAAAGAAAGCUUGGAACCCACAAGAGGGCAAAGAAGAAGCGCGAGGAAAUGUCCGGCGUUCUCCGCAAGAUGAGGUCUGGUGGAGCUGGAGAAAAGAAGAAGUGAUCCAAUAACUUAUACAAUAUUUACGGUCCAGACUGCCCGAUACUCGUUCCGAGUCUUUUCUAUAUUCUUUCCUUUAAUUGAGACAAAAUGUGAAGCACUUUUAUGCGCAUUUAGUAUUUUGCUAGAAUUGAGGUUCGACUCACCGUUUUGCUUGGA